CGGAGAAGAGUAUCGACAGCACGCAUUUCCUGGAGCUCUCCGUUGUUACGUGAAACAGAAAAAUGCGCAAACAUUUGUUUUAUCCUGGGAGAAUGUCCGUUUCAUUCCGUAAGGGACCACGGGGAUUUCUCCGUCAGGAUCCGACUGACGCAGCCAAAGUCCUGAAAGACAACCCGUCUCUGCAGGACAAGUCUGCACCUGUCAAGGAGGAGCUGGUCAGGCAAAAUGCGCUGACUGUGGUCCGCCAGAGAGGAGGAGACCCUUCAGAUAAAACUGAAGUGUCUGGAGAUUACAUCCUGCAGUUUGGGAAGUACAAGGGGAAGUCCUUCCGCUGGCUUCUGGAGAAUGACAUUGGGUAUACCAUCUACCUGAUCAGGAACCAGCAAAAGGAGGAGGCUGCAGGAUUGUUCAUGGCAGCGGGGCACAACAAGGACAGCCUACUGUCAUUUGUGACCUAUUCCCUCAUCUUUCCAGAAAUCCAAUCUCUUCUCAGCUAUGAGGAACAAAAGCCAGUUGUGACAGCAGCAGCAUCAGAGGACGACCAGCUGGUUGGUUUUGGCUCUCGUGCCAACAACACCUGGCGAGAGAUUUGGGACAGCAGGGAGGAUGGCUAUUCAUCCUUCAUUGUGAAGACAAAGUGUGCUGCGGGGACAAAGAUGCACAAGCUCCAACUCUACCUCCAGAAGAAGCUGCAUCCAUCCACCGUGUCCUCUCUGAUGACACACGCCUCACAUGCUCCUGCUGAAGCCAUUGUGAUGGAUGAAGAUGAAGAGCUGGAGAGAGCGAUGCUGGGUAUCUCUCCUUCCAAGCAACACGUGCAGAGCUCUGUUUUUGCAUCAUCCUCAUCGUCAUCAUCUGCCAGAGAACGACAGCCUUUGAGAAGAGAAAGAGGUCUUUAACCCAAAGCGUCCUGCCGUCGACCGACACAACUGGGACCAUGAAUUCUUAUCCCACAUGAAGCAUGACUAUUCUCAUCCCGUCUCAUGUUGACCACGUUCUGGUCAUGUUUGUCUUUUGGUGUUCUACCUAUUGUCCUAGUGACUAUGAAUUGAUUCCAGUCAUGAUGAGGGUACGUAUCAGUCUUUGUUUUCUUAUAUGGAUGAAAAGAAAAAAAUGUACAUGUGAAACUGAUGUGUUACUAACACCUGAUUGCAUGUGUUUGAUGUGUUUGAAGUGUGUCCUGUUGCUUCCCCUGCCUAGGUUAAAUCACAAUGACUGGCUACUGAAUAUUAACCCAUUCCAACAUAAACACAUGUAUGAAUGAAGUAUAUUCUUUAUAUAAUAAUGUUAGAAACAGUCAGUUUGAUUGGAUUUGGCAGAAAAAAGCAGGUGAAGUAAAGAUAUUUUUUGCCUUUACUAACAGUAGUUUUUUGUGUAUUGUCAAAAUAUCAAUAACAAACAAGGGUAUAAAUAACAAACAAGGGUUUUUCCGUUCCAGUACCAUCUGCUACACUGGCUGCACCAGCCAAGGCUAAGGGUUCACAAGUAGAUGGUAAAUGUAUCAACAUUAUGUCUAUUCAUUGAAACAUUAUCUGUCAUAUUGACUGUGCUUAUAUUAGUUAUAAACCAUGAAUUGAUUCUUGUUUUGUGAUCCUUCUCUCCUUGCAGCCCCUGCAUUACCAUCCGUAAAGAGACCUGUGCCCGUUCCCCAGGAGCUCAUGUGUCUGAUGCCCGAAGGAGCAGCUCAUCUGUCAACAGAGGCGACUGCCACAGUUCCUGGAUCAGAGGAGCUCCUGAUUUCUCCUGAGACGUCUGCAGAGCCCGGUCAACUGCCAACUCCACACAGAGAUCAAAGUGAGCCUUUACCCAGGCCAAUAGCUGUCCCCACCUGUCCUCCUCCACAGCUUCCUGGCUACGACCACGAUGUCAGCCAGUGGAACUGUUCACAGCAGCAGAGGAUCUGGAUGAAGACGGAGCUGGAAUCUAUGGGUCUCUGGCCAGGUUCCAUUCCUGUGCGGAACCCCAUGAAGAUGGUGUCAUUGUGGCGUUUGCCUCCCCAGCCUGAAUUGAUUGACAGCAUCUCCGAUCUUCCUUCCCCAAAGUACUUUCAGCUCCAUCCAUUUUUUAUAUGGAAGCCAGAGAACAAUAACCUCAUGGGGAGGAUGAGGAACAACGACACUCUGCCGUGUAUGGGAGGUUGUGCACGGCCUCAAGUUGCCUCUGCAGGUGUUGGUAGACCUCGUGUCGUUGUUGGCAUCACUGGACAGUACUACCUGUUGUCAUCCAGGCUGUGCUGCAAAGUGUGCAAAAAAAAGUGGUACGCUGACAACCCACUGUGGCUUGACAAACUCCCAAAGAGGUACACAAACCUCUUGCCAGCCAUCCUGACGUACAAGAAGGCAAUAUGUAAAUCCGUCAUGGACGAGCUCAGGCGGACAGGUAACUCCCCCAGCGACAUGACAAAGCAGGUAAUGGAGGUGAUGCACUUGAAAUUCGAACGGGCUUACCUGGCCCACCUACUCAGCUGCCAAAAUGUCAUGGAUGGGGAGGCAGGACAGUAUGACCAAAGAACCAUCACUGAACCAUCAGUUCUUGCGACAGGAAACAAAGCCGGCUCCCUUCGGAGAGUACAGUGAUUCAGAUGGCUGGAACGGGAUCAUUGUGUCUUCUCACUACCUGGCUGACUGCUUGCUGCACGAGUACCAACACCAGGAGAGUGCCAUCAACACACUUUUACAGGGGACCUUUGGACAGGCUUUCCGCUCAGACCACACCCGCAAAAUUGCGAGGAAGGUCACCUUUUCAUCCGGCACCAUGUCCUCGUAUGCGGUCAUGAAUGAGAACUGGAUGAUCCUUUCAUGGGUGAUGGUGCAGUCUGAGACGAAGAAGUCCCUGAAGCCCAUGUACGAGGGACUAGCACGGCGCUACAGCACAGCAGGCAUAGAGAAGGCACAAUACCACUGGGUAGACAGGGAUUGCUGUGCAGCAUUCAAAGUGGCAGAAUCGUAUGCAGGAGAGCAUCUGAACUGGGAUUCUUGGCAAACAACUGAUGCCAUCGUUGCCCAGGCUACUUCUGGUAACCUGCUGAACACGUGUGCGUCACGGUCCCAUUUCAGUGCCAACUUGAGCAUCAAGCUGGACUUAUUCCACUGCAUGAGGAGGUUCCUCCGUGAGUGUGUGACAGAGCAUCAUGCACUGUACAGUUCUUUUGCUCAGUUCCUGUCUGCAGCCUUUUCUGUGGUGGAUCAGGAAGACCUGCAGAGGCUUAAAGACGCCUAUGCCUUCUGUGGGAUUCAGCCUGCCAACCCAACCAAGCCACACAUUCGGGAGCACUGCAGGACCAGGAUCACACAGCCGGAGGAGCUCAU